GGUGGAUGUUUUGCCUGUCAGGGUCACACCUGUCGGGCGGUGCCGUCAGCGGGGUGUCACUCAUUCACUCUCUCUGGACGGUUAAGUCGUUCAUUUGGAACUGGGAAUGACAUGGCGGAGUGUUAAUGCGUCAUGGCCGGUGAAAGGGAUUACAUGGCUAACCGAAGAAGGGGACCACAUGAAGUUAUGUGUAACAAGUCUGGAGUUAAACUGCUCAGCUGUUUAAACCACAGAUGAGCAAUUAGAACAUUUUAAGCUGCUUUCUUUACCCACAGUCUACAUAGGUUUAGGAGAGGAACUGUGCCGUGAUACUUGGUGUUAUUAUUAUUAUUUUCUUAAGUUUAAGUGGUUCCUUAUUUUGUGCUGGAGACAUGGCUCUGUCCCAGAUACAGUGCCUGGACGAUAACCACGUGAACCCGCGGAGGCACGAGUCCAAACCGGAGUUCUUGUACUGCGAAGACCAGCGGCUCGCGCUGGAGACGUUCCUGCGGGAUGGUCGCGAGGCGUUUGUUAAGUACCUGGAGGCUCGCGAGCUGCGCGGCUUCCUCUCGGACCCGGAGUUGGAAACUCUCGCCGAGGCGGUGAAGCCCUAUGACCCGGGCACGGAUCUCUUUCCGGAGAAUGCCGAGGACGACGAGCCCCCGCUGUCGCUGCACUACUGGCCCGACUUGUCGGAUACGUCCAUCCCGCAGAUGGACCUGGGCUGGCCGGACAGCGUGUCUUACCGGGGGGUGACGCGCACUACUGUGUACGCGCAGCCACCCCUGGAGGGUCAGGCGCACAUCAAAGAGGUUGUCAGAAAAAUGAUUGCGCAGGCGCAAAAGGUAAUAGCAGUGGUGAUGGAUGUGUUCACUGAUGUCGACAUCUUCAGAGAUCUGCUAGAUGCUGGCGUCAAGAGGAAGGUUUCGGUCUACAUCCUGCUGGCACGCACAACACUACCUCAUUUCCUGUCCAUGUGUCAGAGAGCCAACAUGCACCCGGGUCACCUCAAGAACCUUCGUGUACGCUGCACAGAUGGAGCAGAGUUCUACACUCGGUCCUGCACCAAAGUCACAGGGCGAAUGGGACACAGAUUCAUGUUCAUUGAUGGAGACAAAGCUGUAUCUGGGUCGUACAGUUUCACUUGGACGUCAUCGCGUCUGGACACAAGUCUCAUCACCGUGGUUACAGGCCAGGCAGUGGAAGCCUUCGACAGGCUGUUUCGCAUCCUCUACUCAACCUCCAGCUUGGCUGACCUCCGGAAGGUCGCCACGGAGCCUGAACCUGAGUUGGAGGCCCUCCCACCGCCAGUCGCAGUAGCCCCUCUUUCUGCUGAUAUUGCAAGGAAACUGAACAGCCCCAAAUAUGCUCUGGUUACCUUAGGCAAGCCCAGCCCCACCCCUUCUGUUGGCCCCGAAGAGUCCCAAAAUCCAAAGAACUCCAAGAACCCAGAAACGAAGAACGGGUGGCGGAGUAGGGCUAACAAAGAAGCCAUACAGGAGACUCCUUCCAUCCACCCCGGACUCAGCAAUCUAGAGAAAGCAUGCUUGAUGUCAUACCUGCCCACCUGGCCAGAACCUGAUCCCCCCAGUGAUGUAAUUGGGUUCAUUAACAUUCGUGAUGCCAGCAAACCGAAUCAGGUCCAUCUACAGAGAUCUGAGAUGUUUGAAACCAGCCAAGCGGUCAGGUUUAGCAGUCCAUUCAGCAUGCCUAAGGAAAUCCUGCCAGAAGUCGCCAAGCCCAGACAGUUUACUGCUAAAUAUGAGGAGAUGAAUAAACUCCAACUAGCACAAGAUAAAACAAAGGCUGAAGAGUCGCUGGUAGGCAUAGCACAGCCAACACAAGUCAAUGCAGGGCCUGGUGACUUGAAUGGCAAAGCAGAGGCACCUGCACAGAAAUCACCUGCAUCUGGACCAAAGUGUGAAUCCGACAAAGACACGACUAAGACUCUCAACAUUGAGAGCAAACGGCACUCAAACACACCCACCAACCAAGAUACAAGCCAUAACACCGCACUGCCCCUCAGUGCAAACACACCUCGCCAAUCUAGCAGCAAAGCAUCCACUCCUACCGUUGGGAGGCCUUCACACACCACACAAACUGUCACCACCCUCCCCGGAUCGAACACUAAAAAAGAAGCAGAAAGUGAUUUAAACACACAACAACAUGAUAUUGUGAACAAGUCGCAUGUCCGGGAGUCGAGCAGUACACACGCCCCACAACUGUGUCCCGCUGACUCAAACACAGAAUCACAGACACAAACGAAGACGGUGCUGCCACAUACAGAAUCACACACGCAGCCACAAAACGUCUCUGACAUGACCCCUAACGUCCAGACUCCCACCGUCAACAGCCACAUGUCCUCCUCUUCCGCUUCUGCCACGCGCUCUCCGUCUGUCAGUUCAACCUCCCUUUCUGAAAACAAUUAUGUCUCCAUUACUACAAGCACGACUCCCGGUACCUGUUCUUCUUUGUCUUCCAUCAGCUCUUCUUCCUCCAUUCCUCCUUUGACCUCUGCUCUUACACCCCUCAAUCCUCCCCCUCCCUCUUCCUCACCAUCCCCAUGUUUGAACUCAACCCCACCCAUCCCUAAACCUCGUACACUCCAGCUGGUUAUCAAAGGUGGCGUCAUGUGCAAUGGCCAGAAGCUGCCGGAGUUAAGUGUUGUCAGGAGGCCUGAGGCGAGCAUAGGGCCGCUCGCGGUCCACGAUGAGCCCGAUGUAGCAACCGUGGCGCAGACAUCGCCAGAAAAAGUGCCUGAGACAACAAACAACAGUGGAAGCGAGACAAGAGCCCAGAAAGCUGCAGAGAACACAGAAAGAGCUCCACGGCAAAAACAGAGUGGGACUUCCCAAGCGACAAAGAAGGAAGUAGUUGGACGACAUGAUGACAUUGCAAGAAUGCAGUUUGUUGCUGGAAACAACCCAGAAGAACAGUCUCAUGUUUUCAUUGCUGAUGCGCCAAAGGCAGAGAGUUUGAAUAGUCAAGAAAUAAUUCCAAAAGAUGUCGAACCCAAGACUUUGACGUCGAUAGACUGCAAAUUAACCCCACAGAUAGACUGUGAAGCCACACUACAGACAGAGAUAAAGGCUCCAGAAAGAGCUUUAACAGGCUGUGAGUUUUCUAAAGGACAAAGUGAAAAAAGUGAGAGUGUGACAGAAGGCAAAACAUACCUUGCAAGAGCACAUGCACCUCAGAGAAUAUCAUAUAGUGAGUUGAUGCCACAAGAUAUAGAUACAUUAGAGACUGUGGAUUCCAUAAAAGCUCCAACACACACUCCUGUUUCUUCCACACACUUAUCCAAAGACAGUGCUGGUGACAGCACACACACAUCAGUCGCAGACACACAAGGUAAUCCAGGUUUCACACCAGCACAACACACAGACAACACAACAGACAACAUGCCCGCUGCAAAACAUAACACACAGGGCAGCUUUCAAGAACAAUCUCCUAAAGCACGGAGCGGCACGCACACACCUGAAGGACCCCUGCGUUUACGUCUCCCCGAAAAACUCACGCCAGACUUACGUUCGAUGACGCCUGAAAGAGAACCACGUUCACUCACAGCUCUCAUACGCACUCCAACUCCAGACGGGUAUCUUCCACUUACGCCCAGCACCCCAGACUCACGAACGCACACGCCGGAUCCGCGGUCAUACACUCCAGACUUUCGAACGCCUACGCCCGACGAGUAUUUCUCACCAAGAGCGGACUCCGCUCUGUCCACCACCUCAGAGGAUUCGUUUUACGAAUGUAACGACUCUCCUUUCCACGAGGCUGUUUUGGAGCGAGCAGCUUCCAGCAACCACGGGAGGACAGAGGAUCGUGUUUGCGUUACGCACACAAAUACUCCAAAUGAUACAACCACCACCAGCAGUCCUGCACGCGCAAAUUCGAACACUCGUGCUGCUACAUUAGGCACUACAGACAGGAAUACCUCGAGCAGUGAAACACAGAGUUUGUCUAGGCCUGCUGGAGUCUCCUCUUCGUCUUCUUUACUUGAGAAGGAAGUUAAAAUGGUGGAGGAAAAAGAAAGCACAAAUGAAGAAGAGGGUGGGAGAGAAGAGGAUGAAAAGGGGAGAAAACUGAGUGCGGCAGAGAGGAGGACAGAGGGGGAUAACCAGGGGACGGAGACGAGAGGCAGCGAGGAAGCUAAGAGAACAGCCGACCGUUUUAAACAAGGUAAAGAUUUGACAGAGGCAGUAGAAAAAAACGAGGAGGCCCAAUACCAAGCCCCGAAGAGAGAGAUGGCGCUGAACCAUUCGCCAGCAGGGAGAGCGGUCGACGGAGGAGUGACCCCAGGAGAAUUAACCAACGAAAGAACGGAGCUAAAGCAAUUGCCCACAGGUGACCUUCAACCAAAGAAGGCAUCUUCUGAGGAAAAGAGAGCAGACAAAGAGAAGGCAGUUGACAAGGCGCCAUCAGGUCCCAGCAGUGUGGAGAGGAGAGACAGGCCCCAUUCAGCCACAGAGACUGAUGGACAGAAGCUUUUGCACACUUCUCCCAAAACCCCUCGAGGACAGCAGCAAGACAGUAGAGGGCCCUCCCCUUCCCGACCAUCCAGACCCCCUCGACCCCUCUCAGCCACCCAGCCUCGUCCCUGGGGAAGCUGUCAGCUGAACCAGGCAGAAAGCAAGGCGCUCCACAGUAGUUUCCAGGUCUUGGCUAAUACCUCAUCCCCUCGCAAACCGCCAUCCACACCCCCUCCUCCAGUGACGGCGAGGGCUGUCGGGUCUGCAGCAGGGAGGAAGCAAGCCGAAGCCCCCCGCGGCCAGCACAGCCUCCUCUCCCGACCGCCUCUGGCAGCGCAGGGCAAGAUGGUCGCUGGCCAGUCGCAGAAUCAACAUCCUUACUUAAAAUCCCCGGGCUCCUUUCGCCACACGCACUCUAACAGAGAGGCGCAGCUCCAUCCUCCUUCCCACAACCAGACGGCAUCACCGCAGGAAGCACGUUGGCAGGAAGAACCAAGUGCUCCAUUUAGCUUCACUUUUAGCAGGCUGUACAACCUCAAGGGCCUAAAGGACAAGAUGAGCAAGCUGCCAGCACAGAGCAAGAGAGUCAGAGCCAGCUCUCCGGGACAGGGACGUAAGAGCUCCAGCUAGUCUGGUAACGUCAGUCAUCCUGGUUUUUAAUAUUAUAAGACCUCAAGCCAAAGAAAUGGCAGGUUAAAAUAAAGAAUAGAGAUAGAAAACUGUCUCCUCUCACCUCCAAGAAAAAAGCUUGACUUAACCCAGUGUGUGUACUUUCCCAAAUUCCCAAAAUAAUAUAAAUAAUAAUAAUCUGUCAUGUGAGCUCAGCCAAGGAUUGGCUCUGCAGCACCUUUUUUAACCAUAAGUGUUACUUCUUGCUAACGCAAACUUUGACCUAUGACCCAUGACAUGUGGGAUUGUCUCGUCUGAUGGAGGACGCACUUUAAAUUGUUUUCCACAUGGCAGUGUGAAACCUUUGCAGGACGUAGCUCCAUUACUGGACCAAACAAAGAGUGAUUGGAUAAGUGGUUUUCUUUUUUCUCCUGGCUUCUCAUUUUUAGAGAUGAUUCUUAGUCUCAAACUUUUGAAAUUCUUUUCAUGUUGAAAAUCCAGCUGCCUUUUCUGGCUGAAAUUUAGGAGGUUGUGACCUCUGAUGCUGUCAAUGGCCUGGACAUAUAUGGAACUGAACCAUAGCUGCCUCCCCUAAAUUAUGACACGGUUUUAGCUUUUUCACCCACCUGGUCUAAGUUAUCGAAAAACUGAAUAAUGGAGUUGUUUUCCAUUUUCAAAUGAAAACUUGGAUAUUUUAUAUAUAUAUAUCUUAUAUAUUGUUUGUGUGACCAAAGAAAAUGAACACCAGGAACACACAGUAUGUAAAUCAUAUGUAAAGCCAGAAGUUUGCCUUUUACAUACUGCACGUCAGAUAGGCUGCUGUGACUUUGAUCCACUGUACAUAUACUGUGGAUUGUGCAAAAACAAAAGCGGUUGCUUCCUGAAUUCACUGAUACAUUUGAAUGAAAUUCCUUAAAUCAACCACUUACUCUUUUUUUGUCAUUUCAUUCAGAGAGAUUAGAAAUGUGGGAGAUGUUCUUUGGUUAGAAUAGUAUGGUAUCUCGGGAUAGUGCUAUGUCAAUGUGAAUUUGUAUUUGUAAAUAUUUCCAACAUACAGUAUUGUAUGUGCAGUGUGACUGGGAGUCAUUACAAUGCACAUUAAUAGAGUUUGAAAUAGGUACAAUGACAUGCCUGAUGAAAGCAAACAUGAAAUGUACGGCAUUACAGAUGUACUGUAUUUUUGUGCGAUACUGAACAAUGCAAAAAAAAUAAAAAACACUGAAUGUCACGGACCGCUGUUCCAGAGGUUUAAUAUGCUCUACCACCACUUUAGAUUCUGUGAGCAGACAAAUAAGUAAAUGCUCAAAUGGCUAACGUCAUGACAGUGGCGGUUUUCAUUGUGUUUAUAUGAGUUGAGUGGGAGUAUUUGUCCCACAUUUGUGCUAUAACAAGCCAAGUCUCUCCUCUUCACUGGAUUUAAGUGUUUACAAUACAAAUUUGAAUGCUGAAACUGUUGAUGCAGAAUCGCACCUUAUUGUUUUUUGAUGUCUCACACCUUUAUUGUGGUUAUUUUGUACUCUUCCAUUGUGCGAUGUACAUAGAAACACUAAAGGGGUCAGGUAAUUGAUUUAUUUGUUGUUUACACCAUAUGCCAUUUACAUUCAAAAGGCUUUUUGCCUGCAAGUCUGUGCCCAAACAAAGCAUAAGUUAGAGACGAGCCCAGUCAACACCACACAAGACAGGCCAAUUACUCUGAAGACAGAUACAGAUGUAUGACAACAGAGUACAAGAUGCCCUUGAAGGAAUGUGUAAAUGGGCAGAGUUGCUGUUUUGCAUGACAAAUAAACUCAUUGAUGACAUCGAU